AUGGAUCUAAAACCGCUCACGCCAUCGCGGAAAACGCCAGCCCGGAAAACUCCACUCAAGGAACGCAACGAAAUAGUGUCCUGUUCGUCUUGUGGUAUAAGGUUGACUAAGAACGACCAGUCAAAACACUCUGUAGUAUGCAGCAGUGAGACACCGUUUGUCGCCGAAACGGCUAUCUUUGAUUUCGUGCUUUCGAACGGAUUUGUUGACGGCAACGGUACAUUGUAUGCCACCUUAAAGCUAGUGGAUCUUCCGCCGGAGUUGCAGGGACUUGACCAGUGGACAAUGGACCAUCUGGUAUUCAUGAACGUACUAUCUAUGCAGACGUUAGGGAUUGUGUUGGAAGAAGCGGUAGUGAUGAGUUGUGGCCCCCAGCGCGAAAAGCACAUAGCUAUCAUGUGGCCGCAUGAACAACUGCCUUCGCUGGUUGUUGGAAUUCCGAGGAACGGGCUGUACGCCGCACUGGUAAAAACAGAAAAAUGCGUCUUACUCGAAACCGUGCCGUUGACGAUCGCCUCUGAGGUAUGUGUUCGCAUUUUGAACGAAUCUUACUGCGUCGAUCAACCGUCUUUUGCAAACUACCUUCAUUCUUGCUUAUGUAACGUCAUCUUCUCAAGUCCGUCCACGGAAGCGGUUUAUGUGUACGGACAACGAUUCGCAGUACGACUUACAGCGAUCGAACAACGGUCAGGUGUCGACACCAUUCCUCCUCUGCUGUCUAAUCUGAAAAUUUCGACCGAGUCUAUUUCGGAUAAAGGUUCUUAUUCGUCGAGUGAAGAAGAACCACAGAAGUUCAGUAAAUCGUCUUCUACAGCGAUGUCUUACUUCAAAAUUACCAAAUCGACGACAGUCAAGGUUCACAGAAAAGCUCUUCCUACCACUAAUUUUGACGAUAUUGGCGGUCUUCAGAGAGCGAAGGAAAGGCUGAUUCAUCAUGUUAUUUACCCGAUGCAGUUGUUGCGAGCGAAGCAGAUCUCGGGUCGAGAAGUUCAUACAAGAAACAUCCUGUUAUACGGUACGAGUGGUUGCGGUAAAACGCUGUUAGCAAAGGCUUUGUCAGUCGAGGCAAACCUGCCUUUAAUCUGUUUGCAAGUAGGCGAGUUAGAAUCGAAGCUUAGAAUCGAUGACUUACUGCCCCGCUCGUCUGACAUCACAUGCCCUGCGCCUUGUUUGGUCUUAUUAGACGAAAUCGAUAGCUUUCUUUCAGGAAAGCGACUUCAGAAAGAAGGAUUAGAAGCCCUGUGCAAACUGAUGGAUGGUGCAUCCGAAGCCGAGCAGCCAUGGUUUUUCAUCGCCACUAGCAACAAGCCUGAAAAGCUUCACUGUGAAAUUCGCCGACGGUUUGAUCUCGAAAUUGACGUAGCCGUUCCGACGGCUUUUGACCGAGCCAGCGUUUUGAAGAUCAUUUUAAAGGACUUUGCUCAUCAGUUGAGUGAUACGGAUAUUGUCCAGGUCGCCGACCUAACACACGGCUAUACCCCGAGUGAUUUGAAAAUUCUUUGUAAGGAGGCCGUUAGCGCUAGCUACGCUCGGCAGUAUGAAACCAAGAAUCAUUGUCGACUAUCGCUAUCCGACAUGUUCAUGUCCAUGAACAAUGUCCGCCCGUCUGCGAUGCGAGAGAUAUUCAUCGACAUACCGAAGGUGAGGUGGGACGAAAUCGGAGGUAUGCAAGAGUUGAAGUUGAAACUGAGGCAGACCGUUGAAUGGCCCCUGAAACAUGCCGAUCGUUUCGCCAAGCUCGGAAUCACGCCGCCAAAAGGCGUACUCAUGUACGGCCCACCCGGCUGUUCAAAAACCAUGAUCGCAAAGGCACUGGCCACUGAAAGCGGGCUGAAUUUUAUUUCCAUCAAAGGCCCGGAACUUUUCAGCAAAUGGGUCGGCGAAUCUGAGAGAGCGGUUCGCGACGUGUUUCGAAGGGCACGGCAGGUGGCGCCGUCGAUCAUCUUCUUCGACGAGAUCGAUGCCAUCGCAUCCGAACGGUCCUCGUCACAGGAAAGUGGACGUGUCUCUGAUCGUGUCCUCGCUCAGCUGCUCACCGAAAUGGACGGUAUCCAGAGUUUAGACUUGGUCACUGUAGUGGCUGCUACGAACCGACCGGAUAAGAUCGAUCCUGCGCUUCUUCGACCCGGUCGUCUGGAUCGGCUUAUUUACGUACCGUUGCCCGACGCAGAAACUAGGCGAGAGAUUCUUCGUCUACGUUGUGCGCAUAUGCCCAUCGCCCCUGAUGUUACCAUGGAUUGGUUGGUUUCGGUAACAGAUCAGUACUCCGGUGCCGAAAUCGUGGCGUUCUGUAACGAAGCGGCUUUGAUUGCUAUGGGCGAAAAUCUGGACGCCUGUGAGGUCGCUCAGAGGCACUUUAAAAAAAGUUAUUCGUUGGUCAUCCCGAGGGCAUGCCACUCGCAGAUAUGUGAAUACGAACUGUUUGGUAUGCGAUAA